AUGGCACCGUCGACCACCUUCCGUGCACUCUUUUCGCGCCAGGAGGUAUCAGCCGCCUAUGCCGCACUGGAGGAGUCCAAACUUUUUGGGCGCGUGGCUUCACCCUUUCGCGUCAGCCAUCGACAAAAGGCAUCGACUACUUCGCCGCCCAAGGUGGAGUUGUCUGUGACGCUUCAACGCCUGCGGAAUGCCGGAGAGGCACGGCGGGAUGUUCCUCCUCCGCUGCUGCACGUGUGCUGCGGUCUCGAGGCGGCUGCAAUGGAGUUUGCGCAGCAUAUUUUGCUGCAUGAGUCCAUGCCGGAAGUUGCUCGCAGGGAGUUCUUGGACGACAUUAGACAGCGUUCUGUUUUUCGCAUCUGGCGCUACAGCCCUGGCAUUGGCUGUCGGCCCCACUACGACCCUGGCCUCUGCACGGCCCUGCUUCAGUCGUCUGCACCGGGGCUAGAGGUGAAUCUGCAGAGGGAUUUACCGUCACAACCAGGGCGUCAUGGCGAUUACCGAUACGAUGAACCGGAAGUAGAGGACCUGAUUGAUGCGCUCCCCGGAUGGCAAGCACCAACCCCUCCUGCUGCGGGAGACGACACGCUUCUUCUUCGUAGCAAUAUGGCCGGUGUCCUGUCAAACAGUGCUCUCCCGCCUGUGUUGCAUCGCGUGCGGUCAGAUUGGGCACAACGGGGUGAGAAGGUGCGGUACAGUCUUGUGGUGGAGAUGAGGCCAAGCCACCCCUGUCGCUGGUAUAACCUGCAUCAAGAGUUGAAGGCAGGGGCUGAGGUGCGGGUGGAGAAUAAAUAA